AUGUGUCCUGGUCAGUCCACCGACUCACUCCGCCCUCUGACCGAAGUCCAUUCACUCAUGAACACCCCAGACUGCCUCCAACCAAGCUCCUCCAGCUCCAGGCCCAGCGCCAGACCAGCCUCAGACAAUGUUCUGGCCAACACACCAAGCAUUGUUAUGGGACAGAGAUGGCUUGGUAACGGCAACAUAUUUACCGACACUGACAGCCAGCCUGUCAGCCCCAGCCAAAUGGUUAUUGAAUCCCGCAACGUGGUGGAGACGGUGAAGGACUAUUACUAUGUGGUCUUCAAAGGCAGGGGUGCAGUUGGUGUUUUUUGGAGCCUGGAGGCUGCAGACCUUGUCUGUGUGAGCGUUCCCAAUGCGUUCCGGAGAAAAUAUACCACCCAAAGUGCUGCUUUUGAGGUGUUAGCCCAUGCAGAGUGCACCAACACCAUUGCGUGGCUGUAG